AUGUCUGCGAUUCGUUUCGUUGAAAUCGCCUUGCUACUGUCCCUGCUUAUAACGUACAGCUUCGCAGCACCCAAAGCUGUUGAUCAUGACUCCAAGGUUGACAAACUUGGUGAGUGUGGAUCUGAAAUAUUUUUAUUGGUGUGUCAGUAGAGCAAUAAACUCAUCUCAGGUACUGAGAUCGGUUGACUCUUUUACAUUUGAAUUACUUUACAGAUAAAAUUCAGUUGAGUGGAAAUGACGCAAACGACUUUCUGAACAAUCCUGCCGGUAGCCAGCAG